AUGACCAACAAGUGUCUCCUCCAAAUUGCUCUCCUGUUGUGCUUCUCCACUACGGCUCUUUCCAUGAGCUACAACUUGCUUGGAUUCCUACAAAGAAGCAGCAGUUUUCAGUGUCAGAAGCUCCUGUGGCAAUUGAAUGGAAGGCUUGAAUAUUGCCUCAAGGACAGGAUGAACUUUGACAUCCCUGAGGAAAUUAAGCAGCCGCAGCAGUUCCAGAAGGAGGACGCUGCAUUGACCAUCUAUGAGAUGCUCCAGAACAUCUUCGCUAUUUUCAGACAAGAUUUAUCUAGCACUGGCUGGAAUGAGACUAUUGUGGAGAACUUCCUUGCUAAUGUCUAUCAUCAGAUAGACCAUCUGAAGACAAUCCUAGAAGAAAAACUGGAGAAAGAAGAUUUCACCAGGGGAAAAUUCAUGAGCAGUUUGCACCUGAAAAGAUACUAUGGAAGGAUUCUGCAUUACCUGAAGGCCAAGGAGUACAGUCACUGUGCCUGGACCAUAGUCAGAGUGGAAAUCCUCAGGAACUUUUUCUUCAUUAACAAACUUACAGGUUACCUCCGAAACUGA